GAAGAAGCAGACUCCAUGGGUGGAAAACCCACCACCAGUGCUGAUGAGGAAGAAGGUCCCCAGAUUUGUCGUGUUUGUGGGGACAAGGCCAAUGGCUACCACUUCAACGUUAUGACAUGUGAAGGUUGCAAGGGCUUUUUCAGGAGGGCUGUGAAACGCAACGCCCGGCUGAGGUGCCCCUUCCGGAAAGGUGCCUGCGAGAUCACCCGGAAGACCCGACGACAGUGCCAGGCCUGCCGCCUGCGCAAGUGCCUGGAAAGCGGCAUGAGGAAGGAAAUGAUCAUGUCCGACGUGGCCGUGGCACAGAGACGGGCUCUGAUCAAGAGGAAAAAGAGAGAGCGGAUGGAGGCUCAGCCACCGGGCAUGCAGGGGCUGAGCCAGGAGCAGCGGCUCAUCAUCGAGGAACUGAUGGACGCGCAAAUGAAAACCUUCGACUCUACUUUCUCGCAUUUCAAGAAUUUUCGGCUGCCAGAGGUGUUUGGCAGUGGCUCUGAGAUCUCAGAAUCUCUUCAGGCCCUAUCGGAGGAAGAAACAAACAGGUUGAGACAGUUCCAGGAAGAGAUGGGCACCCUGAAGCUCUCGCUGCAGCUGCGGGGAGAGGACGGCAGCGUGUGGAACUAUAAGCCCCCAGCUGACAGAGGUGGCAAAGAGAUCUUCUCUCUGCUGCCCCACUUGGCUGACAUGUCAACCUACAUGUUCAAAGGCAUCAUCAACUUCGCUAAAGUCAUCUCCUACUUCAGGGACCUGCCCAUCGAGGACCAAAUCUCGCUGUUGAAGGGAGCCACCUUUGAGCUGUGCCUGUUGAGAUUUAACACCGUGUUCAAUGCAGAGACUUGGACUUGGGAGUGUGGCCGGCUGUCCUACUGCUUGGAAACCCUUGAAGAUGGCUUACAGCAGCUUAACGGGGAUCCCUUGCUGAAGUUCCACUACAUGCUGAAGAAGCUGCAGCUGCACAAGGAGGAGUAUGUGCUGAUGCAGGCCAUCUCCCUUUUCUCCCCAGACCGUCCAGGUGUGGUGCAGCACAGCAUGAUAGACCAGCUGCAGGAGCAAUUCGCCAUCACCCUGAAGGCCUACAUUGAAUGCAAUCGUCCCCAGCCUACCCACCGCUUCCUGUUCUUGAAGAUCAUGGCGAUACUGACUGAGCUUCGUACCAUCAAUGCUCAGCACACCCAGAAACUGUUGCGAAUCAAGGACACACACCCCUUCGCCACCCCCCUCAUGCGCGAGUUGUUCAGCACCACAGAUGGUUGAGACACUGCUGGCCUUGGGCUAAGCCUCAACAGGGUAGCCAGGCCCACAGCUUUCUGAGCCACCACUCUGGGCUAGACCAAUGGACAAGUCAG